GAGACCGAGAAGGACGAGAGAGGGGCAAGAGACGGGUGCAUCGAGACGCGUGGGCAGAGGCUUCCAUCAUCCUUCGGCUCAGAUUUGCAGAUCACUAUGACUGUGUCCAGUAGCAGCGCUGCUUCAGUGCAGCAGGUGUUCCCAUUCCACGAUGGCUGGAAUGUCGCCUGCUUUGUAAUCCUCCUCCUCUUCAUCUUCACCGUGCUCUCCCUCGCGACUCUGGCUUUCCUCUACGAGCUGCUCGACUGUGGCUGCUUCAACAAGACCAAGACCGCACGCGGCCGACGCAGCAGCAGUGAUGAAGUCGUAUAACCGUAGCACAGCAACGGCAGCCAUGGAAACCAGGCCUACACUAUGGAAACAAGCACUGCAGGAACAUUUUGCUAUGAGUGAUAGACUCUGGCCACAACCUGGAUGGAUGGAUGGAUGGAUGAAUGAAUGAGGUGUCAGAAAAGAGACUAAAGAAAUGAGUACAUGUUUCAAUGCACACACACACACACACACACACACACACAGACUAUACACUGACUAUAUAUUGUGUUCUCCAUGUAAAUAAUAGCAGUGCUACCAAAACAGGAAGCAAUGACUGUGCAUGCUUUAGUGACAUGGCUGUUAGCCAUCGUAGCCAUUAACAUUUCACGCUAAAAAGUAUCUGCAUACUAGCCUUGUAACCAUCAGCAUACAUGUUACAGAUGUUAACAGAUCAUGCCAUUCAAUACAGUGAUGUAAAUGAACAAAACAGGGCUUACAAAGACUAGUCCACGAAGACUUUAUUCAUUAGUCACUGGUGUGACACCCCCCCCCCAAAAAAAAAAAAAAAAAAAAAAACCCCCACUAACGCCUGCUCCUGCAGUUAUUUUUACUGUUCGGUAAAACUUUACAUGAAGUCCAUGCACUGUGGCAUAGUGAAUUCCACCAGUGAUGCAAACGUCACAAUGCCACAUGGCUGAAUUUUGAUGGUGGUACCCAUGGCUAAUUUAGUAGCUGCUCGUUAUUUGGACACUACUGAGGCAGGAGCUGAACGCAGCAGUUCAACUCUUGGGUCAUUAACAGCCUGGGAGAGAAAAAAAACCAAAACAAAACAAAACAAAAAAGAAAAACUCAACUCCCAGCUGUUGCUGUGGACACUGCAUUCACCAUCCAAGGAAGGCCACUCACUGAGCUAUAAGGAGGGCUCUGCUGGACAUGAGCUUCCCUGCGGCGCGCCCUCACUUCCAUAAUCGGUUACAACGGAGCCUCAUAACCCACGAGCACAUCUGAACAAUUGGUACGUCACACGUUUAAUGGGGGUUUAUUUUGGUUAUUUUAAUACUGAUUUGCAGACAGUUUGUUAGCUACAUUAUAUAUCGUGAUGUGCAUUGUGUAUCGUAGAAACGUCCUCAAGUAUCGUAAUAUGACAACUGUCAUAUCGCCCAGUCCUAGUCCUGAAUCAGUUUUUGCAUUAUGUAUGGAAUUACUGGUAGGCUAGUAACAAUGCAUAGUCCUGCAAGUCCUAUUACACAAAGCUGGAGUUUUGUGUUUUUCUGUAAUAAUACCAAAUUAAACUGCCAUGGUGAGA